ACUUAUGCCUGGAUGAUGUACCCUGGUGAUGUGGACCAGGCAAGAGUAGCCGAGCGCAGACACCAGCCCCAACCCCCUUAUGUGUAUAUUUUUUUUAAUACUUUGUGAGGAAAAACUGUCAACCAUAUCCAAAGUGCAGGACCAAAGAGAAGUAAAUAAUAACUGAAGAGAAUGGCAGCGCAGGCCAGCCGUGCGAAGCACAGAUCCUUGCCCUUGCAGAUACAGUAGAGGAAUUUGAAGACAGUAUAAUGCAAAAGAAGAUGAAAAUUCCCAAGAUGUCCAUCAAGAAUUCAGGAAACUCUAUUGAGAACAAUUUUGGAGAGGAGAGAAUGCCACUCAGACAUAAAAAGGCCCUGUCUCAGGACCAUGGACGCCCCCUUUCCAACUCCUCCAAGAGUCUGGCAGCAGUAGUGGCUCGUCUGGAGAGAAACGCAGCCAGCUCCUGUAUGGAGGGCGAAGAAGACCUGGAUGAGGACCGGCUGGCAGAGGAGGGAGAGGAUGCAGAUGACGAAGAUGAAGAUAUGGAUGCAGAGCAUCAGCAACAUCAUCACCAGCAGCAAGCACAGCAUUUGGAGGUGGAUACGGAUUGUGUGUCUGGGGUAGCUGCAGCAGUUGUACCCAGAGUCCUGUAUGAGGAACUGGUUCAUAGCUACAGGCAACAGGAGGAGGAGAUGAGAAGGCUGCAGCAGGAGCUGGAGAGAACCCGCAGGCAGCUGGUUCAACAGGCCAAGAAGUUAAAGGAAUAUGGCAGCUUGCUGACAGAAGUCAAAGAACUGAGGGACUUCAACAGGAGGCUGCAAGACGUACUUCUCAUGAGAUUGGGCAGCGAGCCUAUGCAUGACAAUGGCACUCAGACAAUCAAGGCUGAAGUGGUUGAACCCAUUGUUGAGGCCCAAGAAACAUGCAGAGAAGAAGCCAACACCAGUUCCAGCUAUUCACCCUCACCCAGAACCGUAUACACCUGCAACGAUGGGAAGGUACACCUCGGUGGAGGGAUCUGGGUGGAAGAGGAGAAGUGGCAUCAGCUGCAGCGGACCCAGGGAGACUCCAAGUUCACAAAGAACCUGGCUGUAAUGAUCUGGGGCACCGAAACCCUCAAGAACCGUAGCGUCACUGGAGUGGCCACCAAAAAGAAGAAAGAUGCCCUGCCCAAACCUCCACUGUCACCCAGCAAACUGAAAAUUGUUAGAGAGUGUCUCUACGACAGAGUGUCUCAAGAGACAGCGGACAGUGCAGAGAUUACGCAGAGAUUGUCCAAAGUGAACAAAUACAUCUGUGAAAAAAUAAUGGACAUCAACAAGUCCAUCAAGAACGAGGAGCGGCGGGAAUCCAAGCUGCUUAUUCGACAGACAGUCAAGAUGGAGAACUUCACCUACGAUGGCAUGUAGUGGUCAACUGUUGUCACGCCAGCGCCUUCUGCCCCCCGCCCCCAAGAAACGUGGUCUGCAGUUGGGGGAUGUUUGUCACAGUUUCAGGAGCAGUUGUCUUUCUUUGACAUAUUGGAUUGGUGAAAUGUGAAAUGUUAAAACAAAUAGACCCCUUUCCAGCCCCUAUACAGCAUCCUCAGUGCCCAGUUUUCCCAUUGGCUGACAGACAGCUUUACCCACCACUGUGUGAACUAGUUUGAUAUGAGUUGGUGUGAGUGUUUUUAUAACCUUUACAGUGGGAUUAGUACAGAGACAUGGUUUGUUGACGUGCGUGCAUUUGUGUCAAAGGAAAGAUUACAUGCAAUUUUUAAAUUGAUUUAUUGUUCUGUGUCAGAACAUAGUUUUGAAUCCUUAAACUUUUAAAAAGUAAUUGGUGGAGAGGUUAUUUCCCUAGAUAGUCAUCUGUUUCUACAAAGACAAUGAUGCCAGCUUGCAUUAGAUCUAAGUUGUGUUAACAGCUGGAUUGUUUGGAGACUACCCAAUAACUGCUGGCAAUCUGAGUGUUUGCUGUUGGUACUUACUGCAUAAAAUGCGACAUCAGGGUCUCAAAUUUACAAGUCUUAGUUGGAGAUUGCAUUUUGCAACAGAAAUUCUGUUGCUCCAAGAUAUUAAUUAUGUGUGCGCCCCCUUAACUGUAGGUCAAUAACAACACAUUACUUUAUUAAAAGAACUGCUGGCAGAGGUUAAAUGGGAAGUAUGACUCUAAUGUGGAGUCUAGAAAGAGCUGUAUUUGUUUAGUUUUUUAUGUUUGACCUUUUAGUUAAGAGCACUUGCCAUCAACGAGAGAGGUUUGGAUGGGAUAUUCCCAUCUUACUUGUAAUCAAACAUGUCAUUUUCAGACAAUUUGAUUGUUUAAUGAGUUGUAGUGGUACAGGCACAUUAAUGCCUAGAAAGGCCUUACACAGAUUUGGCAAUCACUAGGGUAUGCCUCUGGGUUUUCUAAUAAGCUGUGAUUGUAAAUGUAUAGGAAGCUGAAGCAAUGAAGCUUCUCCUGCACUUUGCUGUGAGAAUGUGAGAGGUGGCUAGGUACUAUUUUUUUCUGUGUGGUUCACACCAUUAGGUUGAGCUGAGCUGGGCUA